GCGGGGCCUGGGCCAGAGGGCGGCUCUCGCCCGCGUGCACACCCGGAAGCGCACCGGCGUCCGCUCUCAGAGCCGGGGGAAGCAGCGCCCUCGCUCCAGUGCCUGCAGCCAGCUCCUCAGUCAUGCCGAAGCACGAGUUCUCCGUGGACAUGACCUGUGAAGGCUGCUCUAAUGCAGUCACUCGGGUCCUCAACAAGCUGGGAGGUAGCUGCUUUGACCAUCUCCGUUUCAAGCAGGAGGGAACUGAAGUUCAGAGAGGAGUUCAAUUUGACAUUGACCUGCCCAACAAGAAGGUCUGCGUCGACUCUGAGCACAGCGUGGACACUCUGCUGGAGACCCUGGGGAAAACAGGAAAGGCCGUUUCCUACCUUGGCCCCAAGUAGCGAGGGCCUGGGCCCCCAGCCUGCAGGAUGGACCAAAGUGGGCAGGAUGCUGAGCCAGCUCCUGCCUUCCAGACAGAUCUAGGACCUGACAAUCCUGCUCAGCGAUGGUAGUUCCUGCGGAGACCCUCACUUGCCCUGCUCUUCUAUAGCUUCCUUGCAAUAAAGUCAAGUCGAUUUUGCUGGA